UUUCUUUUUCUCUCAUUGUAUCAAUUUCAUUUUUAACGUUGAGAGAGUUUAUUCAGUUGCAAAGGUGCUCCUGAUCAGUAGGGACUUGUUGUUUGGCUGGCUUAAGUGUGCAACUUUUUUAGCAUUGAAAAUGAGGCCGACUAAAAUAUGUGAGGAAGAAAUUGAAAAAAUUUUGGCUAUGUCGGAUGAGGAUGAAGAGGAUUUCAGUAUUUCCGAAAGCGAAUUCGAAACGAAUUUACUAGAAGAGGGUAUGAAUUCUUCGGAGGAUGAUUCUUCGGACAAUUCGGAGGACUGGAAUGAAGAACCACCACCUCAGGCGCCGCAGGAUAAUAUAAUACCAUUUUCCAAAAGAUUUUUGCGUGGUAAAAAUAAAUAUAAAUGGGCGACAACUAAAGGAAAACGGCGUCGGUAUGCAAUUAUAUUAACAUAG